AAAAAAAAAAGUUUUUUUUUUAACAGAUGGGAAAUAAGAGCAAGAUUACAAAAUGUCCUUUAAGAACAAAGCACACUGGACACCUUCUAAAGUCAACACAAAAUUCUUAUAUUGGGAGUGAAAAACUUUUGCAAAAGAAGACAGUUGGUUCAGAAACUUCACAGUCAAAAAGUGAAAAGAAUAGAAUGACAGUUACACCCACUAAGGAUUUAUAUAAGCACUAUGAAGAUAAAGACUGUGUUCAUAUCCAAACAGAAGUAUCAUCUGCAACCCCUAAUAUAAAGAAGACUCGAAACACCAUAAAUCCAUCUUUAGUAAUUGAAGAGAAGCCUCAUAAAAAACACAACAUAACUGAAAACAUGAGUAGCAGUUUGGUGUGUCUAACACAAGACCAACUACAACAGAUUUUGAUGAGUAUAAACCAAGGAAAUGGAUCUGUUUCUCUGACUAACAGUGAAAAUGAUGAGAAAACAAGUCAGGACAGUCUACAUUUAAAAAAUAUUCUGAAUGAGCCAGAGGAUGAGAACAUCAUGGGCUUACUACAAAAAAAAGAGGCUGUUUUAUCCACCCUAGAUGAAAAUAAAUCUCUCUUCAAUAAAAAUCAGGAAGCAACUGAACAAUAUGAACAGAAAACUGUCAUAAAAAAUAAAUGGCAACCAGCUGACAUAUUUAGUACUCUGGGAGAAAGGGAACGUGAUAAAAGUUUGUUGGAAGCAAAAAGAGCCCAGUGGCGGAAAGAGCUAG